CUCCCAGGAGCCCCGGUCUCGUAGAAACAACAGGAACUUUGGUGCAUUUACCAUCCGCAAGCAUGGCCGACUCUCUUGUGGCCAUCCUCAUCGUCCUCGGCGUCAUUGUCCUUAUCGGGCUAGUCCUGCUGUACAACUCCAUCUACGUCGUGCAACAAGCCGAAGGAAUUGUGAUUGAGCGCUUUGGCAAGGUGCAAAAGGUGCUCGACUCGGGCAUACACUUCGUCCUGCCGUUUGUGGAUAGUCCUCGCAGCUUCCAGUGGAAAAAAGUCGUGCAGGGGUACAACGGCCACCUCGAGACCCGCGAUGCAUCGAGCUACCGCAUUGACUUGCGCGAAAGCAUCUUUGUCUUCCCCGCGCAAGAAGUAUACACGCGCGACACGAUCUUGUUGGACGUGCACUCGGUCAUGUUUUACCGCAUCGUCGACAUCAAAAAGGCCGUGUACGAAGUGGACGACUUGAACAUGGCGAUCGCCAACGUCGCGCAAACCCAACUCAAGGAAGUGUUUGGCAACAUGACGUUCACGGAAGCACUGGCGUCUCAAAGCGUGAUCAACGCAUACAUCAAGAAGAGCUUUGGCGAACGGUUUGCGCAGUGGGGGCUCGUGGUGGAGCGCAUGGAAGUGCUCGACAUGCUGCCCAAGCAAGGCACGACGAUCGCGGACGCCAUGAAACGCCAAAUGAUUGCCGAACGCUCCCGUCGCGCAGACUUUAUUCAAGCCGAGGGCAAGAAGGCGGCGAUGCGGCUACUGUCGGAAGGCACCAAGCUCCAAAAGUACAACAUGGGUGUGGCGGAACAAGAAUCCACUCGCAAAACGUCGGAAGGGUCGGCAGGGGCCAAGGUCGAGCUCGCGCGGGCGGAGAGUAAGUCGCUGGAGUUGAUUUCAGCGGCUUUUGAGGCAGACGGGGCGUCCCAGACUGAGUAUGUCAUCUCGCAACGGUACAUGGCCAUGUUUCUCAAGAUGGCGCAAAACUUGGAGAAGAAGACGCUGUUCUUUCCGUACGAGACCAAGGGGCUGUCAGGGCUUAUCGGCGACCUUCGCGGGGUGUAUGGGCACCACCGAAAGGGAGCGGCAGUCCCCCCGGUGCAAACCAACAAGAAACAAACGUUCCAGGCGUUGAAUUAAGCAGCGAUGUGAUGAGAAUGCGCGAUGAAUGAUUGCCGGGUCUAUGAUAUCGUAAUCAAAACUUUAUGUUUGCAUAACGUUACUACCGGUACAUAUAUGGCGGCAA